CCUUCAGUCUUGCACAGGUGUACCGGCUCCUCCCCUUCAGUCUUGCCCAGGUGUACCGGCUCCUCCCCUUCAGUCUUGCCCAGGUGUACCGGCUCCUCCCCUUCAGUCUUGCCCAGGUGUAAUGGCUCCUCCCCUUCAGUCUUGCCCAGGUGUACCGGCUCCUCCCCUUCAGUGUACCGGCUCCUCCCCUUCAGUCUUGCCCAGGUGUACCGGCUCCUCCCCUUCAGUCUUGCCCAGGUGUACCGGCUCCUCCGCUUCAGUCUUGCCCAGGUGUACCGGCUCCUCCCCUUCAGUCUUGCGCAGGUGUACCGGCUCCUCCCCUUCAGUCUUGCGCAGGUGUCCCGGCUCCUCCCCUCCAGUCUUGCGCAGGUGUCCCGGCUCCUCCCCUCCAGUCUUGCGCAAGUGUCCCGGCUCCUCCCCUUCAGUCUUGCACAGGUGUACCGG